AUGCCGCGGUGUUUGAACUCAGAUCCUGACAAAGCCUCUAUAUCUGACGACUCAUUCGACGAACUGAGACUUCUACAAACCACCAUCGAUAUUGAUCUGAGUUAUUCGAUUAGGAUACCUCAGCCCUUCGCGAUGCCAAAGUUGGGACAGCCGGAGCGGAAGUCAGGUCGCGGACCUGUCAAACUAGCAUGUCUGGCUUGUCGCGUAUCGAGAAUUCGCUGCGAUGGGGACCAGCCGUGCCACGGGUGUCGAAUUCGAAACCGGGAAUGCUCGUACACGCCUAGUCGCCGAGGAGGCUCACGUAAGAAGAGAAAUGUGGCUGCGAAACCAACUACCAAUGAACAACCUGAUCUCGCUUUCCCUUCUCCUCCUCUGAGCGAGAUUGAUCACCUUACCUCACCUGGCGCGGGACUAAGACUGCUCUCAUUUGAUGAGAUCAAUCUGCCGAGUGGUGCCGGCAGUCUCGGAACCAGUGAUUCUGGAGCUGAGGACUUCGUGCAACACGCUGUCAGAAUAUAUGACAGUGAGCAGGCUAUAUUGAAUGCCUACUACAUUUACCUACAUCAGUACUUUCCAAUCCUCCCGCCUCCCGUUAGGCCUGUUACCCCGGAUAAUCCGAUACGGAUCACGAGUCUUGAGGGAUGCUUUUCCCUGACUUUGACCUCGCCACUGGCCCUGGCCAUAUCGGCCAUGUUGGCUCUGAUCCCCUUUCCGGACCAGGAACCCACACCCGUAAUGUCAGCCGAGGAACCUCUAAGAAGAUCAAUAGCUCAUAAACUGGCCCAAAUGGCUUUGGAACGUGUGGAGUCAGACUCCGAACUUAUUGACGACACCCCUGGCGGCCACCCAAGUCCAAUCCCUUUCGAAGGUCAACCAAUCCCUCGCUUUCCAUUACAUCCUCGAACUCCAGUGAUGCUCGAAGGACUGCUUGCACUACUGCUGCUAAGCAACUACGAGCAUACUCAAAGAGGAAAUAUGCUUAAAAUGACCACAAGAGCUAGCCAGGCCUUAAUCAUGGCAAAAAAUAUGUCUCUCCAUCAACUAAACAGCUAUGAGGACGAAUAUUCUGAAGCCAAAAGGAGAGCCUGGUGGAUGAGUUACUUUCGAGCCCAACUGUGCUCCGUUGUUCGACAGAGCGCAUCCGUUAUCAUGGAGGAUGAUAGUCUUUACACCACCCCAUAUCCCACCAUACAGGGUGAUCCCGAGGUCUGGCCGUUGUAUAUCGAGUCUCUUCAGGUGUCUUUCGCGACUGUUCGGCUUGCAGCAGCCAGAGUACCGCCAUGCGCAAAGCCUGACCCAGACUUGCUUCGUUCGAAGUCUGAGAAAAUAGCAGCACUAGACGCUCGAGCCGUACAAUUGAUUGAACGUGCUAAGAGCGGCCUGCGAUCCAAAGCGUCUCCUACCAACGGAGACCCAGCGAGCGAGCCGCUUGUUGCCAAAACGAUGCGCAGUAUUGCAGCCAUUAGGAGUUCCAGCAUGAACCAUUGCGACUUGAGUUCUCCAGACUUCGUUCCUGACACGGACAAUGUCAUUCCACGAACCAACCCGCCAGAAUCAUCGCCUCUUACAUUUGAUGAGGCCGCGGAAGUCUGCGUAGAAUCGGCGCUGGAAGUGUCUCGGCAACUGAAGAAGCUACCAUACCCCGACAAGAGCCUUGCUGCUGUUCCAGCUCGAAUGACCCCGACCAUCUUAUGUUGUGCAAUGCAUGCCAGCUACGUAAUGAUGAUGCAGUUCUAUCGACUAUAUCUGAGGCAUCAACAAGAGGCUGGCGAUAUGAUGACGACGAGCUACGAGCGCCGGGUGGACGAACUCCGCCACGCUCUGCAGGACGUUAUAGCAACUUUGGACGGGUUUGCAAAUGUGCUCGAAGCUAUUCGUGGAAUGAAGGUUGAUGUAGAAGCCGUUUUCACGGUUGCAUUCUCCGACAUGAUGACCUAA